AUGAACAGCAUUCCGGAGGACCUCCUCCCCGAUGACAUCGUCUUCCCUGAAGACCUGCUGGAGCUUGGAUUCGUCAUCACCAAAGAUGACAAGAUUCGUUACAUCGACGCCCCGGGCCAGGGCCCUCGUUACAAGAUCAACCGAAGUGACCGCAUAAACCAGGUCCACAUUGAGGCCCUUCACAAAGCGAUUCACAUCAGCAUCAUUGACCGCCUCCUGGGAAUGGGCAUGCAUUUCAUGAAGGUCCCCGAGGGCAGCAGGCAGCAGCUUCCCAUCAUGGUGUCGGGCAAUGUGACCGCUGCACCUCGAAUUGUUGUUUUCUUCGGUGAGAUUGUCGAGGACCUGGGUGUCUUCUCGUACCGUGACGCUUGCGACGACGGUAUCUCUUUCGGUUCGAUCCUGGGCUUUGCAAAGGGUCUGCUCGGUGAGAAUUCUCUAGAUUCGCCGAAUGCUCUUAUUCUUGCUAACGCGGGCCAAACCGUCUGGUACAAUGGAAAUGGUGGCUCGGCGAUGACCACAGACAGUCUUCAUGGCCAACAUCGUGCCUCUGCCGUGCACCGCGAACGUUCACUGGGUGCCCGUAACAUCAUUAGGGGCAACAUUUCCAUUGAUGAUCAUGUCCGGAAUAUCUUUGAGCAAGUCUUGAUGCGCAGUAACUUCCGAGUCGAUGCCAGAAUCGACGUCAUUGGCCUGUCUGAGGGCGGCCAUGCUGCCAUGGCAUACCUGAAGAAUCGAUGGAGUUUCUGGAUGCCCCACAUCUCCUCCCUGUCCUUGAUCAACCCCGAGACGAUUGUUAGCACUGACGCCAACAAGGCAUCCGACCCAAAGGAGAAUGACUUAUUCGGCUGGUUCAUGAAAUACCGUUGCCGUGGCUGGACCAUCUGUGAUCAGCCGAUUGGUACACGUCUGCGCGGUCUUACCCUCCCUCAUGGUUGCAACACGUACUCCUCCGGCGAAGGCACGAAGUCGUCGGGCAUGAUUACUCGUGGUGUGGGACACAUCUUGACCUGGAUGAACAUUAUGCAUUACUCCCCAGCGGCUAUAGAGAGAUUUGAUGUGGUCAAGGGCCAGUAUAAUCCCAACUUCGCAGCUGAGCUCGGAGCAAUGACCUACGGAGACCAGGCACAACUCCCUAGCGGCAAGAUUGAAGUGCACAGCCUGGAUGUUAUGAAACAGAUUAAAGACUUCCUGGCCGGCGUCAAUUUCACCGAGGAAAUGACCACUUUUUUCAAUGACAAGUCGUACUUCAGUGACGAUAGUGACAACGAAAGCGAUAACGACAGUCAGCGUUCGGUCGUUUACGCAGAUAAGGACAAUGGUGCUCCCAACACUCCUCCUGACACUCCUGACGCUCCUGGCGGUUCUGGCGGUUCUGGCGUUUCUGGCACUCUUGACAUGCCUGUUGACAUGCUUCCUGACGCUUCCUCUGGCACUUCCCCUGGCACUUCCUCUGAUGCUUCUGGUGUUCGUGAUGUUCCUUCCACCAUCCCUGGCGGUCCUGACGUUCUUUCUGACUUUCUUGCUGACGCACUUUCAGUUCCGGAAAGUCCAACCUACUAUGACGACGUAAUCGUCGGUAAGACUGGCCCGUUCGACCUCAGUGAUCUGCAGGCCAUCCGAGAGGAGGACGAAGGGCAAGAGUAA